AUGGAAUCUUCCCACUCAUCAAUGGCCUCUGAGGAAACCCGCCGCAGUCAAACUGGCCUGCAACCAGAGGCCAUGCCCCAUCUGGAAACCCUUAUCUCGCACUUGGUGGCGGCCAAGCGGUCACUCUCCUCCAUCAAUCAUGUUUGGCGUGCCAAUGAGAUUGUCACUACGGCCCGAGUUGCUCUGGAGGAUAGUGUCACCAUUUCCUCCCGGACCGGCUUCUUGCGCCGGGGACUGAACAAUCAGCUCCGGUUGCUCUACGAUGUUCGGACAGAAGUAGAGACUAUCUCACAUCGAGGACGACAGGACUUCGCCGAUGCUCUCAAGAGUCUUGAUGCCGCCGAUCUCCGGCUCAAGAAUACGCUGGAAACCUUGAAAAGCACGAUCGUCCACGCUUCCUUUCGGCCGCCAAACGAAGAGUCGAAAACGCUGCAUGAUUUUGUUGAUGAGCGCGGUGUGGAGGAGCUCCACACUGCCAUGAAGCAGUCAAUCGACAGGACAAACGAGGCACGGGUUGAGCUUGAUACCUCGAAUCAACAAUUCGAUGAUGAACUUCAAUCAAUCAAGCAGGCACUUCGCCAUUAUCGAUCAGCCACGCGACUGGCAUCGUCUCGAGUUUCUGCCUCCUCGUCUUCCUCAUCAACGUCGGAUUCGGGCGUCCUCGCUCUGUCAGGCAUGCCCGGUAUGCUGCAAGCACUUGAAGCUCAUGCACAGGAAAUGGCCGGUCUGCUCGAGGCACUGGUUCGUCAUUUUGAUCUCUGUGUCACCGCAGUGAAACAUACAGAAGGCGGCGGCGCGGCUGCUCGGUCCAUCACUCAAGAUAUACCAGCUCAAGUACAAGCUACGGGUGAUGCCAUGCCGCACAUUGGCGAAGAAAUCAACGCAAACUUGAAUGCACCUUUAGAUCCAAUGACUGACGCGGAGUAUCUGGAAAUGGUGAAUGUGCUCAUGAAGGAUGCUCUCGAAGCGGAGGAUGUCGUUGUUGAAAUCCAAGAUCGCAUCGCGGAGAUGGAGUCCAUCCAUGAACGCAUCAGCGGUCAGCGCAGCGCGCUGGAAGCCAUCUCCAGUGCAACACUGGAAAUUCACCAGCAUCUCUCCACGUUAGCCUCGACACGCCUUCCGCGAUACAUCUCUCAAGCACAUAACUUUACCAGUGUGUGGAACGAAGAACACGAUCGCAUCAAAGCCGGUCUGGCAGAGCUUUCUGAUCUUCAUUCACUUUAUGAAGGAUUCUUGAAUGCUUACGACAGCCUAAUCCUCGAGGUACACCGUCGUAGCCAGGUUCGCUCGCGGGUGGAAAAGGUGCUUCGAGACACGAGACACAAAUUGAACCAUCUCUACGAAGAAGAUGUUGCGGCCCGAGAGGCUUUCCGUGUUGAGCAGGGGGAUUUUCUCCCAUCUGAUAUAUGGCCCGGUAUCGGGCAUGCACCUAUGCAGGUUCAAUUUUUGCGCCUCUCCGGUGGGCAGCUUGAGGGGGUUGUCGGAGUUGCCCAGGAUCCCGAGUCAAACGACCAAGGUCAAAAUAUAGCUAAAAGCACCGGCUUUGGCAUAUCGGAAGGAGAAGUCAUACCGGAUCUACCUCAAGAUCUUGUGGAACAAGCUUACAACCAUCUCAAAGAGCGAACGAGGGCCUUUGAAUAG